CCAGGCGGGACCGCGUAGCUCGCGGGAGGACCAUGGCGUCCCCGGCGCUGGCGGCGGCGCUGGCGGCGGCGGCGGCGGCGGGCCCCAACGCGAGCGGCGCCGGCGAGGGGGGCAGCGGCGGGGCCGCCAACGCCUCGGGCGCUGCGCCGGGGGCCGCCUGGGGGCCGCCUGGGGGCCAGUACUCGGCGGGCGCCGUGGCGGGGCUGGCUGCAGUGGUGGGCUUCCUCAUCGUCUUCACCGUGGUGGGCAACGUGCUGGUGGUGAUCGCCGUGCUGACCAGCCGGGCGCUGCGUGCGCCGCAGAACCUCUUCCUGGUGUCGCUGGCCUCGGCCGACAUCCUGGUGGCCACGCUGGUCAUGCCUUUCUCGCUGGCCAACGAGCUCAUGGCCUACUGGUACUUCGGGCAGGUGUGGUGUGGCGUGUACCUGGCGCUCGACGUGCUCUUCUGCACCUCGUCCAUCGUGCAUCUGUGCGCCAUCAGCCUGGACCGCUACUGGUCGGUGACGCAGGCCGUCGAGUACAACCUGAAGCGCACACCGCGCCGCGUCAAGGCGACCAUCGUGGCCGUGUGGCUCAUCUCGGCUGUCAUCUCCUUCCCACCGCUCGUCUCGCUCUACCGCCAGCCCGACAGUGCCGCCUACCCGCAGUGCGGCCUCAACGACGAGACGUGGUACAUCCUGUCCUCCUGCGUCGGCUCCUUCUUCGCGCCCUGUCUCAUCAUGGGCCUGGUCUACGCGCGCAUCUACCGCGUGGCCAAGCUGCGUACGCGCACGCUCAGCGAGAAGCGCGCGCCCGCGGGCCCCGACGGUGCGUCCCCAACCACAGAGAAUGGGCUGGGUGCGGCAGCGGGCGCGGGCGAGAAUGGGCACUGCGCGCCCCCGCGCCGCCCGUGCGCCGACGUGGACCCGGAGGACAGCAGCGCUGCGGCUGAGCGGCGGCGACGCCGGGGUGCGCUGCGGCGGGGCGGGCGGCGGCGCGCGGGCGGGGAGGGGGGCGCGGGCGGCGCGGGCGGCGCCGAAGUGCCGGGGCCCGGGCCGGGGCCAGGGACGACCGAUUCGGGCGCUCUGGCUGCCGCGAGGUCCCCGGGCCCCGGCGGGCGCCUGUCGCGCGCCAGCUCGCGCUCCGUCGAGUUCUUUUUGUCGCGCCGCCGCCGGGCGCGCAGCAGCGUGUGCCGCCGCAAGGUGGCCCAGGCGCGCGAGAAGCGCUUCACCUUCGUGCUGGCGGUGGUCAUGGGCGUGUUCGUGCUCUGCUGGUUCCCCUUCUUCUUCAGCUACAGCCUGUACGGCAUCUGCCGCGAGGCCUGCCAGGUGCCCGACCCGCUCUUCAAGUUCUUUUUCUGGAUCGGCUACUGCAACAGCUCGCUCAACCCGGUCAUCUACACCGUCUUUAACCAGGACUUCCGGCGUUCCUUUAAGCACAUCCUCUUCCGACGGAGGAGAAGGGGCUUCAGGCAGUGAGCUGCGCGCCCGGCCCCGCGCAGACCCUGGACAGCUCC